AUGGUGUUUUUUGGCUACAUGGUCUUCAGCAUAGUGCUCGGGCUCCUGGCCGACAGGUAUGGCCGCUGGAAGAUUCUGCUGCUCUCAUUCCUCUGGGCAGCCUAUUUCUCCUUGCUGACCUCAUUUUCCCCAUCCUACAUCUGGUUCGUGUUCCUGCGGGCCAUGGUAGGAGGCGGCGUGGCGGGCCACGCACAAGGGCUCAUCAUAAAAACGGAAUUUUUGCCCACCAAAUACCGAGGAUACAUGUUGCCCUUAUCUCAGGUGUUUUGGUUGACAGGAUCCUUGUUAAUCAUUGGCCUGGCGUCAGUGGUGAACCCAACCAUUGGCUGGCGGUGGCUGAUCAGAAUUGCCUCCAUCCCCGGCAUCCUUCUCAUUCUGGUGUUCAAGUUCAUCCCGGAGUCAGCGCGGUACAACGUCUCCACGGGAAACGUGGCAGCAGCUCUGGCCACGCUGCAGAAGAUCGCCAAGAUGAAUGGGGCGGUGAUGCCUGAGGGGGUGCUGACGGAGCCCGCCAAGGAAAGGAGAGGAAGAUUCAAGGACCUCAUCCACCCCAAAUACCUCAGAACCACUUUGCAGAUAUGGAUCAUAUGGCUUGGCAUCGCUUUUGCUUAUUACGGCGUCAUCUUGGCCAGUGCUGAGUUACUGGAGCGGGACCUCGUCUGUGGCUCCGCGGCACCACCGGUGCGAGACUCCAGCCACGAGUCCGAGGAGAGCCGCAGCCCCUGCCACUGCCGCUUGUUCAGCCCCAACGCCUACCAGACCAUGAUCAUCAGCACAGUUGGAGAGAUCGCACUAAAUCCUUUGAACAUUCUCGGCAUCAAUUUCCUCGGAAGACGCCUGAGCCUGUGUAUCACCAUGGGAUGUACAGCGCUAUUCUUUCUUCUCCUUAAUAUCUGCGUCUCGAGCGCAGGCACGAUCGGGUUUCUCUUCAUGCUGCGCGCCUUGGUUUCAGCCAACUUCAACACCAUCUACAUCUACACAGCAGAGGUUUAUCCCACCACAAUGCGAGCCCUGGGGAUGGGAACAAGUGGGUCAUUGUGCCGUGUUGGAGCUAUGGUGGCCCCAUUUAUAUCACAAGUUCUUAUAAACGCUUCUUUCAUUGGGGCCCUGUGUCUUUUCGCAUCGGUGUGCAUUGUCUGUGCCAUCUCUGCGUUCACGCUGCCCAUCGAGACCAAGGACAGGGCACUGCAGGUUUGUGUCACCCCUCCAGGAACUCCCCUGUAUCUAAAUGCUACUUAGAAACUAGUAGACUAUGAUUCAGCCAGAAUCAGGGAACUGCUGGACAAACUGAAGUGGAAGAGGAGAGUUUACAGAUCAUGGAAGGAGGGGCUGGCCACUUGGGAAGAAUAUAAGGCUGCUGUUAGAGGAUGUAGGGAGCUUCUUCAAAUACACGGCAGAUAAAACUAACACUAGAGGCAAUGUAGGCCCACUGGUGAAUGAGGUGGGUGCCCUGGUGACAGAAGAUACAGAGAAUGCAGAAUUACUGAAUGCCUUCUUUGUCUUUCUUCGUCUACUCUGCUGGAGGCUGUCCUGAGGAGCCCCGUACCACUGAGGCCCCAGAGGAAGUCAGGACAAUGGAGGAGCUUGUCUUGGUUGAUGAGGACUGGGUUAGGGACUGAUU